AUGUUUGCUGUAGCCGUCAAUGAAUUUAUCCGUUCUGCGGGUCAAGACUCGCUAUGCGGUGUACCAGAUAUCAACUCUUCCGGUGAUUUCAUGCCUUUGCAUAUUAUUGUCAAAGAGGUUCCCAAGGUACUCCCUUGCUGUCGACGUCCUAAAAUCAAGCGAACGCCGUAUACCUUGAACGAUAUCCUUGAUGAACCUUGCCCGAAUCAGUUAAAAUCUUCUGAUUUAGUCACAUUUACUGAGCCUCUAGUCUCCAACGUCAAGGCUAGUUCAUCCAUUGGAUUACAAAUUCUUAAACACUUCGAUUCGGGAGCAAAAGGAAGUAAAAAUUUUAUUACGUCCGCAAGUCUUGGCACAGUUGUUAAAGCUGAAACUAUAGACAUUACUAAAGUAUUGGCUAAAGUUCGUACGGCGAAAGCCAAAGUGGAGAAUGACUUAGUUUCCCGUGUUAUGAAAACGAAGCGUCUGUGUUUAGGCUUAGUAGUAGAAACUGCUUGUGUAGCUGCAGCAGGUAAAUUAACGGAAGCGGACAAUUGGGAAAUAUCGGGUCAUACAAAUGCAAAUAUUGGAGAAGCAGUAGUAACGGCAACUGCUGAAUUGGAUAAAAAUCUUUCUCGUAAAAUAGAGAUUCCGCCAGGAACAGCAUUGGCAUAUUCUUUUAUGGAUCUUGAAAUUUUAGAGGAUAGAUCAUUACGUGUCUCAUCCAGUGCAGGUGCUAUGUUUGAUUCAGGCAAAGCUGAAAGUACAGUUUAA